AUGGCGGGAAAAAGCGACAUCGAUAAACAUGGCGGGAAAAAGAAUUCUUUGGGACGGCAGGGCAUCGAUAACAGGGUUGCAGCAAAAACAUCAGAAGUCUUAUACAGUGACAAGGGCUGCAGCGUCACAUUGGCGGGAAUUUUGUUGAAGCGCAGCAAGACAUCAGCGGUGGUAAAACGGAGCUGGAGCAGGACGACGGGGGCAUUUUGGAUAAAUUGCCGGGCAAUUCAUGCCAAUCCUUGGCAUAUGGCAAAUCCGAUAGCAUCAUCCAUGGCAACUGGUAACAUCGUGACGUGGAUGGGUGGCAACGCUCUCAGAGACAUGGAAGAGAAUUGCCAUAAUUUAGUAAAAGAUUGCUGCAGUUCCGGGAAAAAUGGCAUAACUUUAAACAAAAUGGCACAAAAGUGGACGGACGAGGGCAGCUCCAAAAACAUAAGAAUUGACAUCAGGAGGGACAGGAAUCAGGUCAAGAGUUCAGCAGGAGGCCAUCGUCCAAGUAAAUACAUCAAGAGGUCCAGGGGGGUAAAAGUCGUCCAACAGAGUAAAAUAAUUAUCAUAAAAUCAGGGCAGGUUGACCCCGUUGUCCAAAUUUACCCGGGAGGAGAUCGUCAGGAGAAGGUCCAGUAGAUUUGUCAAAA